AUGGCAGCCCAGAAGCGGUCCUUCCCUUGGAAUGGGGAGAAUGGUAGUGGUCGCCCACUAAACAAGAAGAAAAAGGCACAUGGACCAACCCUGCCAAAGAAUGCUUUGAUGCAACUGAAUGAGAUAAAACCAGGGCUUGAGUUCCAGCUCAUGGGUCAGACUGGACCGGUGCAUGCACCGACAUUUAACAUGAAAGUCGAGGUGAAUGGAGAAAUCUUUGAGGGAGCUGGUCCAACAAAGAAAAAGGCAAAGCUCCAGGCUGCCGAGAAGGCCCUUCGUUCAUUUGUUCAGUUCCGUAAUGCUUCUGAAGCAUACCAGGCAAUGGGCAAAAAGGUCAAUUUGUUAGACUUCACCUCUGACACUGCGGACAUUGGCACAUUCAUUAAUGACUUUGAGGAGAAGGCUGAGGCAGAGAAUAACGAAAUUACCCAAGGUGUAUCAAAACCAAAUGGUUCCCAUGCCAAUCAAAAAUCUUCCUUGCCUCCUCAGCCCCCAGGUAAAAAUCCCGUGAUGAUCCUUAAUGAAUUGAGGCCUGGGUUAAAAUACGAAUUUAUUUCCGAGUCUGGUGAGAGUCAUACAAAAACAUUUGUAAUGCAGGUGACCGUUGAUGGCGUGGAUUUUGAGGGUUCUGGCCGAAAUAAGAAACAGGCCAAAGCCAGAGCAGCUCAAGCAGCUCUGGCACAGAUCUUCAACAUGGAACUUUUCCCACCUGAUCCCAAUUUAGAGCGACUUAUGGAAAUAUCAAUAAACAAGUCUUCGAGAGAAGUUUUCUGGAUUUGA